AACUUCAAUGAACUAUGUUUGCCAGUAUUUAAAAAUAUUGACAUCAUUUUCAUCUACCACUCGGGUGAUAAACCAUUGAAUGUUUCGCAUUAAUAAUCUAUUUUUAUCAAUGCUAUCGAUGGAGAAGACCUCGUUUGUGUACCGUGUAUUGUUACUGAUCGUCUUCAUUGUUUGUCUGGCGCUUCCUGAUCAAACACAGAAGAAUGUAAGUUGUUUCUCAUUUAUUCAUACCGAUACCAAGAGUCCCAUGAUGUUAGAGGAUACUUGUUUUGAAAUCAGCGACAACACAACAAACAGUAUGUAUACAGGUAUAUUUCUAGACGUGAUAAAGUCUUCAUGCAAAUAUUACGAUAUGCAAUUAGAAGAUGUCAAAAAGUAUAUUGUUGAGGACUCCCACCAGCGACCAUUGUGUAGAAUAAGGAUGACGAUGUCUAUCGAUACAACACAGUGCACAGAAACCAUUGCAAUAAUACAGCAUUUCUGUAAACAACCAAAAUCAAUUUAUUUUCAAGAUUGUUUUCCUGUCAACUGCCCAAGUACUAAUAAGAAGAAAAUAAAUGGUGAACUUUUAAAACGACUUCAUAAACAGAUAAUACUUUGUUGUAAAUGUUUUCUUUAAGGAAGUACUAUACAUCGUCAUGGUUAAAAAUAUAAACAGCAGCAAUAUUUGUCUAUUCAUUUCAAAUAUCAUUGCAUAGCUGAGUAGCUUAGUAGGUUAGCGCGUCAACUGCUGAACUGUAAAUCAUGGGUUCGAAUUCAGCGGGGUUUUAAUGGUUAUUUUCUGAUAAAACUGCAUUUUUUAACAAAAUAAAGGAAAUUCGAAAGUUUUCAAUUUCAAAGUAUUGUUGCACAUAUCCUCGACUUUUCAUCCACAUCUCUCUGGUGUAGAAUUCCUCCUUUAAAAUCAGAAACCUUCUUGAAAACGAUGAAUCGUUCAUGUUUAUAGAGACUGAAUAUAUCAGUACAUAUGUCCGGAUUUCCCAAACCAAAGACAGGCAAUAUUGGACAAGGUGUUUACAAAAUUCCUACAUCUCACUGCACCAUGAAACAAUGUAAACUAGACAAAUGCUCUACCGAAGAAAUGAAGAAAAGGAUUCCGAAAAAUGAUAUGGAUAUUUAAAGCUGACAUGAAUUAAUAAAUACGUACACCUUUCUCAUCUUAUCCGCCAUAUUUCUUUCAGGUACCCUAAUUUACUCUACCCGUAUAUACCCCAAAUAUGAUUGUCUCACUUGAGUGAUUUUUCUAGGUGGACUCGACCAGUGCACAUCUCCGAUAGUAAUAUAUAGGGAAUGAGAAACAAAUAAAAUAACAUUUUAAAACAUUGAUGCUUUGCUCAAAAUCACAAAAUAUUGAUUGUAUACUAAUGCAACAUUCUGGAAGUUUAGAUAAGUUAGACAAAAAUGCAAAAAAAAAAAAAAAAAGAAAGAAAGAAAAAAAAAAGCUUUUCUUGCAUACUUGUAAGUGCAUGCAAGUAUUUGCAUUUUCUAAUAAAAUAAAUGCUGAUAAAUCAUUUGCUAAUUACAUACUAAUAGAAUGGAAUAAGCAAAGAGCAUAAAAUAUAUUAUUUAUAUCAAUUCUUGCAAAAAAAAGGUGCAUGCCAUAUGCAUAAUAUGCAAUGCACAAGGUAUAAUCGCCAAAAAAAGUAUCAAAUACGGGCGUCUAUUCAACAGGUAUCGGAGAUAUGCACUUACCGAAAAUAUUAGAUUCUCUUUAUUCUGAUAAAUCCACGAAACAAAAUGAUAAACUCCAUUUGUAUCUCGUUAGAACUUUACAAAACGUUCUCAUUCCAUUAUACAGACUGCGACACACUUCACCCGUGCCAAACAGUGUGUCUUCAAUCAGGGGAGAUGUCGGCGUCGAAAAUUUUUCCUGUAUUGAAUGCUUGUCUGGUCGAGGUUUUGCAGUUUAUAGAAAUGGAGAAUCUAAUAUCUGGUUGGAUAUAUUGCGUGCACAAUUCAAAAUUUCUCGAUGAUCAUAUACAAACUUGGAUUUACAAAUAAGGGAAUAAUGAUCGAAAAUAUACAUCUGUGUGCAAAUGCGUGUAUUACAUUUGCAAUCCAUAAUAAACAGUUCAUUACACAAAGACACAUAUGAAAGGAAAUUUAUAAACGAAAAUAUAGUUUUGUUGUUUCUUUUGGAACCACAUAAUUAUUUACGGUCUCUGUAUGUCCAUAUUCAUUGAGAGAGAGAGAGAGAGAGAGAGAGAGAGAGAGAGAGAGAGAGAGAG